AUGACCAUGAAACCAAGAGUCGUGGCCCUAGGCCACCCCCAGUAUACAGGGGCCGACUACAUCGCCGAAUUCCAAAAAGAAUUCAACUUCUCCGUAUUGAGUGCUACCAACCGCGCCGAGACGCAACAGAUGUUACCGGAAGACAUCGCCGCCAACGGGCCUAUAGACGCCUUCUUGAUUCGCAUGGGUACCCCGCCCUACGAACCUUUCGACCAGGACCUCCUCCGAGCGCUUGUCCCCGACUGCAAAAUCAUUGUAUCAGCGAGCGCGGGAUACAACGAAUUCGAUGUGCAAUGGAUGGCCGACGAGGGAAUCUGGUUCUGCAACACCGUGAAUGCAGUGGCUGAGGCUACGGCGGACAUGGCCUUGUUUUUGAUUUUGGCUGUGUUGAGAAAUACCACCAAUGCAGAGAAAAGUGCUCGAAAUGGGACCUGGAGAACGCCGCAUGGGGGUGAUCUUGUUCCUGCGCGAGAUCCGGCGGGGUUAAUCUUGGGGAUUGUGGGAUUGGGGGCGAUUGGGAAGCAUAUCGCCAGAAAGGCCGCUUGCUUCAACAUGAAGAUCGUUUAUCAUAAUAGAAACCAGUUGUCUGCGGAUGAGGAGGCUCAAUAUGGGGCUACAUACUGCAAUACCUUGCAUGAUUUGCUGGCUGCGAGUGACGUUGUCUCACUGAGCUGUCCGCUCAAUGCAAACACCACGAAUCUGAUCAGCGACGCCGAGUUUACGGCCAUGAAGGAUGGCGUCUUCUUGGUCAACACUGCCCGAGGUGCGGUUAUUGACGAGAAGGCAUUGAUCGCUGCCCUGGAGAGCGGCAAGGUGGCACGCGCCGGGCUGGAUGUCUUUGUCAAUGAACCAUCGCCGAAUCCAUGGUUUCUACAGAGCGACCAGGUGGUUCUUCAACCGCAUCUCGGUGGCUUGACGGAUUUUGCCUUUCAAAAGGCGGAACGGGAGUGCUUUGAGAAUAUUCGGGCCUUUUUCACUACAGGACAGGCACACUCACCUGUGAUGGAGAUAAGUCGAGCUUGA